UCUGAAACGACAAAAGAAGAAAAAAGAUCGACGCUUGUGGUCUAAAAAAUGGUUUUUGGACCGGAGUAAGUUUAGCCAUAUGUCGCUUCUUGCUGAACUUGCCAUUAGUGAGCCUCAAGACUUCAAAAAUUAUCUAAGGAUGAGCGAGGAAAGCUUUGAAUAUCUAUUCGGAAGACUGUGUGAGCACAUAGAAAAAGAAGAUAGCCUUUUGAGAACCUCAAUUCCUGCAAAAGAACGUCUUGCAGCCACUCUCCAGUUUCUAGCCAGUGGUAGGAGCUACGAGAAUCUGAAGUUUAGUUGUGCAAUAUCUCCGCAAGCACUAGGAAAAAUCAUACCAGAAACUUGUGCAGCUAUUUUUGAUGUUCUAAAGGAAGAUUUCUUAAAGUUUCCUUGCAAUGAAUCGGACUGGAUGAACAUAGCUGUGGACUUCAAAAAGUACUGGCAAGUUGAAAACUGUGUCGGCGCUAUAGACGGAAAACACAGCGAUUCGUCAACCUCCGAAAAAGUAUCCGAUGGUGGCGUACUUAUGGAAACUGAUUUUGGAGAGUUGCUGGAAAAUAAGGAAUUGCACUUGCCGUCACCAACAAGCUUCGAUGACAGGAGAGACGUUUGCCUCCCUUUUACAUUCCUUGGAGAUGAAGCUUUUCCUCUGAAGGAAAAUCUUAUGAAGCCCUAUCCAAACAAAGGAAUCACCCACGACGAAAAGAUUUUCAACUAUCGGAUGUGCCGUGCUAGGAGAGUGGUGGAGAAUGCGUUUGGCAUCUUAGCGACUCGAUUUAGAGUCCUUCUUUCGACAAUGAAUGUUAGUGUAGAGAGGGCAGAAAUCAUUGUUUUGGCGUGUUGUACUUUACAUAAUUUUCUACGCCAGAAAAGUCCAACCUACCUAACUCAAAGUAGUGUGGAUUGGGAGGACACUUCAGCAGGCCAGUUAAAUGAGGGUGAGUGGAGGCAGAACACGCAAGAACUUCUUGGGUUUAAAAGAAUGAGGCGGGAUGGCAGAGAACAAUCAAUUGCCAAUGCAGUUCGAGGUUGGUAUAAAAGUUUCUAUAACAACGAAGGAAGUGUUGAUUUCCAAGAAAAAAUGAUUAAUAAGCGUUGA